AUGCUGAUCAUUCUACUUCUUGUCACUUUGCUAGCGGUUGCAACCGCAUACCAAUGGAAGAAGUGUCAAAAGCUUCCUAAAGGACCAACCCCUCUACCAAUUAUCGGAAACUUCCAUCAAUUUGUGUACUAUGGGUUGAAACUUGGAAGCGCUGUUGCAGUCUACCAUCACUUUGAAAAGGUCCAUGGAAAAGUUUUCACACUUUGGAUGGGGCUUCUACCAACAGUGUACAUUUCCGAUUACGAUAUUGCUCAUGAGACACAUAUCAAAAGAGCCAACAUUUUUAGUAACCGAUUCGCAACAGGGACUACUCAACAUAUUAGACAUGGACGAGGGAUCAUAGCGUCGAAUGGAGAGUUUUGGCAGGAACACAGAAGAUUCGCGUUGACGACGUUGAGGAAUUUCGGAUUGGGAAGAAAUAUCAUGGAGGAGAAGAUUAUGGAAGAGUAUCACUACAGAGUCGCUGACUACACCAAAACACAUACCAAGAACGGUGCAAUUGAAAUUCACGCUGGCACAUUUUUCGAUCUCCUUGUUGGAUCCAUCAUUAACCAGCUCCUAAUUUCUGAACGAUUCGAGCAGGACGAUCAAGAAUUCGAGAAGAUCAAAUCAGCACUUGCGGAGUCUUUGGAAAACUUUGGCAUCGUUGACAUCUUCUUUCCUUGCUGGUUUUUGGAGACACCACUCAUGGCCUGGAGGCAGAAAAAGAUUUUCAAACCUUUCGAUUUUGUAUACGAAGUUAGUGUGAGAAAUAUUGCCAAGAGAGUUGCGGCGGUGGAGAGUGGAGAACAUGUGAUUGAGGACGGAGGUAACGAUUUCGCGGAUGCAUACUUGUUGAAGAUUCAGAAGGAUCAACGGGAUGGAGUAAAGUCCACAUUUGACUAUGAAACAAUGGCCAUUGAUGUUUUCGAUCUCUGGCAAGCCGGUCAGGAAACCACUUCAACAACUCUCACUUGGGCAUUCGCUUGUCUUUUGAACCACCCAGAAGUGGCCAAAAAGUUGCGAGCGGAGCUCAUGAAACUCACUGGUGGAAACCGCACCAUCUCUCUCACUGACCGACCAGACACCCCAUACCUUAAUGCAACAUGCAAUGAAGUCCAACGAAUUGCUUCUAUCCUUAACAUCAAUUUAUUCCGGCACAUCGAAGAGGAUACGGUGAUUGCUGGCCAGCCGUUGGCAGCUGGCACCGCACUCACUACGCAAAUGUCCAUGCUUCACACCGACGAAGCCGUGUUCAAAAAUGCUACCGAGUUUAAGCCAGAGAGAUUUUUAGAGAAUAGCAAUUUGGAGAAGACUUUGAUUCCAUUUGGAAUCGGUAAACGAUCGUGUCUAGGAGAGUCAUUGGCCAGAGCAGAGUUGUAUUUGAUCCUGUCCAACCUUAUCCUUGAUUUUGAUAUCGAACCAGUGGGGACCGUACCUCCGAUCAAGACGCUGAAUCCAUUCGGGCUUUUGAGAAGACCCCCAACUUAUAACAUUCGGUUCAAGCCUGUAAAGCAUUGA